AUGCCGCGUGGCAGGAUUGGCAAGGUCACCGCUGCAAGAGCCGGGCGAGAGCGAGGAAAGCCACGCCGGCUUUGUCUGUGGGGGCUAUCCACUGCGUAUCGUGUGGGCUUUGUUAGCCAGAGACGACGUGCUUCCAACGUGGGCCGUCGUGCAACAGAGACGGCGACAGAGACGGCGAUAUCCAAGAUAGCGGAAGAUGCCGAUCGGGUUUCGUCCAUGUCUCCCCCUCUGCUUAUCAACUCCGACGGGUCAGAGACCUGGUCAGAAACGGAUGAGAAUAGCCUCGUCAAGCGGCUGGCUGCCCUCUGCAGCCACAUUCUGACGGCCGAAGACAGCAGCCCGGCGAACAGCCGACACGAGCAACACGACCGAUGCGACCACUACGACCCAUGCAGCGAAUACAAGCACGCCCUAUCGCCCGAGACGACCUGCCUGCUGUCAGAUCUCUGCAUGUUCAUCCAGGCCCGCCUCGAGGGCCGCGACGCUCCGAUAGCGACCGGGAGCAGCAGCAGCAGUGCCAAUGGCACUUUUCAGUCGUCCGAGUCGCCCGAGUCGCUCGACAUGGUGCGGCACCGGCUGGCGGUCCUGGCCAACCUGAACAAGGCGAUCGAGGCGGCCAAUCCGCUGGCUUUUCUGGGCAUCGCCACGUUUGCCGUCCUCGAAGUCUGCGACACCACCUUUGGCGAGUGGAAGUGCCACCUGUACGGCGCCCGCUACGUGCUCGACUACCACCGUUGCCAGAGCAUGGCCGACCUGCACCGGCUGGCGCGUUUCGUGCCCGGUUUGCUCGACAUCCUCGCCCGCCUGGUCUGGUUCGACAUCUGCGGCGCCAUUGUGCGCGGCGCCGACGCCGAUGCCGACGCUGGCCUCAUCUUUGAGGACUGGCACCGCCAGGUUCUCGAUCACGCCUUUUUUAGCACCAUUGGAUGUCCGGCCGACACCUGCGCCCUCUACGUCGACGUGGCCCGGUCGCAAAUCGCAUGCGAAUCCGUACGCAGCUGUCUGCGCGUGACCGAGCAGGUUCUGAAGCUGCAGACACGAUCGGAAAGAUCGUCCGGCUGGGACGUCUGCGCCGACGUAAACCGCUGUGCGGCCGCCCUAGCCGUCCUGGUCCAGGUUCCCGACUCGGAAGUCCUGCUGGCGGAGAGCCGAGAGGCGACCGCGGCGGCCGUGGUGGAAAGGCUGUGCGAGACCCUGGCGGCGACGUCGUCGUCGUCGCCCUUUUACAUCCACAUGGCCCUGGGCGCCUAUCUAGCCGGGAUGCAUGCGCGGACAGACGAGCAAUGCCGGACGGUUCGUCAGUAUUGGCUCAAUUGUAACCUCUCUGGCAUCUCGCGAUAUCCGGGAGGUCUGGCGCGUUGCGAGGCGCAUUGGCGAAAAGCCGGGCUUCUGGCUAGUUCGGUUAUAAGGGAGAUGAAGUAG